UUGUACCCUUCGCUCACGGGGUCGACGCGAUCCAGAGAGAGAGAGAGAGAGAGAGCUCCUCUGAAACCCUAAUCCAUGGCGAUCCGCGGAUCCCGAUCCCGAUCCCUCAUCUCCCUCCCCCUCCUCCUCCUCGUCGUCCUCAACCUUAUCUUCGGCUCCCCCGCGAUCGCGAGCUCCGACGCGCCCUUCGUGGUGGCGCACAAGAAGGUCAGCCUCACCCGCCUCAAGUCCGGGGCCGAGCGCGUCUCCGUCUCGAUCGAUCUCUACAACCAGGGAUCUGCGACUGCUUAUGAUGUGAGCCUGAAUGAUGAUAGUUGGUCUAACGAUGUAUUUGAUCUUGUCACUGGUACUACCUCAAAAACUUGGGAAAAGCUUGAUGCUGGUGCAACUGCUUCUCACUCCUUUGUGUUAGAGUCCAAGGUGAAGGGUGUCUUCCAUGGUGCCCCUGCUGUCAUCAAGUUCCGUAUUCCGACAAAAGCUGCACUACAGGAGGCCUACUCUAGUCCUAUUCUUCCUUUGGAUAUUCUUGCAGAGAGGCCCCCUGAGAAGAAGUUUGAAUGGGCUAAGAGGCUACUAGCAAAGUACGGAUCAUUGGUCUCUGUUCUCUCGUUGGUCGCACUCUUCAUCUACGUGCUCGUGAGCCCGUCCAAAUCGAGUGCUGCAAAAGGAAGCAAGAAGAGACGUUGAUUCAAAAUCGCCCGGGCUUUUUUUUUCUUCUAAUUACUUCUCUCCCUUCGAUUAGUUUUCGUUGGACUGAUCUUCUAGAACUCAUAGUCAGAGGUUUUAAUUUGCUUCAGCAUAGUUAUCCGAGAGCAGAGAGGAACUUUAAUCUCUAAAAUUGAGCUUGUUUCUCAUGAAGUUGAUACAAUUCUGUUUGUUGAGCUACAUCACUGUUAGAAUUUUGUUUAGUUGGUAUAUGUUUCUAUUCCCUGCUACUUAGGGAGAAAUGUAGAUGCUGAUCGGAUAUAUUUGUACUUUAUCUCUCUCUAUUGGAUGGCAACUUUUGCGAUUUUCAAUUUA